CUCUCGCGCGCACACACGUUUGGCGGUGACAUCACGCGAUGUUUUCAGUGCUAUGGCGUACCAGGAAGGGGAGUCGCUUGAAUCCUGGCUCAAUAAAGCCACUCAUCCGACAAACAGGCAGGAGGACUGGGAGUACAUCAUAGGCUUCUGUGAUCAGAUCAACAAAGAGCUGGAAGGUCCUCAGAUAGCUGUAACUCUGCUCGUCCACAAAAUCCACUCACCUCAGGAAUGGGAAGCUCUUCAAGCUCUGACAGUAUUGGAGGCAUGCAUGAAGAACUGCGGGAGGAGGUUUCAUAACGAAGUCGGAAAAUACAGAUUUUUGAACGAGCUGAUUAAAGUGGUGUCUCCGAAGUACAUGGGUGACACUGCACCUGAGAAGGUGAAGCUGAAGAUCGUAGAGAUGUUGUACAGCUGGACGGUGGCUUUCCCAAACGAAGCCAAGAUCAGUGAAGCCUACCAGACGCUGAGAAGACAGGGCCUCGUGACGCAUGACCCGGAGUUACCGCUGGACAGGACUCUGAUUCCUUCUCCUCCGACACGACCCAAACAUCCGGUGUUUGACAACGAGGACAUGGGCAAGCUGCUUGCUGAGCUUCUCCGGAGUAAAAAUCCAGAGGACCUCCAGGAAGCCAACAGGUUAAUCAAAAACAUGGUGAAAGAGGACGAGGCUCGAGUGCAUAAGGUUACGAAGCGUAUACACACACUGGAGGAGGUGAACAUCAACGUCAAGUUGCUGACGGAGAUGCUGACCCAUUACAAUAAAGACAGCUCCACUGAGUCAGACAAGGAGAUCAUUAAGGAACUUUACGAGCGGUGUGACAAGCUGAGGCGCGCUGCUUUCAAAAUGGCCACUGAGACAGAGGACAAUGACGCCAGUUUAGGUGAGAUCCUGCAGGCGAGCGAUGACCUCUCCAGGGUCAUCAACUCCUACAAGAAGAUUGUUGAGGGGCAGCCCAUCAACGGCGACAGUGAAGAGCCUCCGUCCACAGCUGAUCACAGGGAGAGUGCAGAGACCACAGAUACGCUGAUCGACCUCGCUGGCCUUGACACUCCAAGCCCCCCUCAACCUGCUGCGCUUCCCUCUCAGACCUUAAAUCUCAUCUCCACCAAUCCCACGAUUUCCCCCAUCCCCGUCCUGCCUCCUCCUCCCAAACACCUGGCCGGCUCUCAUGGCAGUCAGAGCAGCAGCCCGAGCCACCCGCCCCUCGACAAGGCCUCCACUGCACUCUCUCUCCUCGACGAUGAGCUGCUGUCUCUAGGACUGAACGACCCCCCUACCUCCCUGAGCAACCAAUCAAAACCCAAGUUGAGCGAAUUGUCCAAUCAGUGGACUUCCCUGCAGGCUCCAGCCUCGAGUGUGGAUUUGUUUGCCACUGUGGCAUGUUCAGGUCCAGUGGUGGCUCCAGCUGAGCCAGCUGCUGCCACACACUCUCUCCAGAACCUGCAAGACCUGGCCAUGAUGGGCUUUUCAGAUCCCAAGAGUUUGUCCAGCCAGAUGACGGCCAGAGGAAGCAGCUUCGGGAUGCCUGCAGCAGUACCUCCCCUCUUGCCCGGGGGCUGUCCCUCCUCACCCUCUCUACUCCAGAGUACAAUGCCCGGCUCUCCCGCUCUAUCUCAUGCCAAAGCCCAGAGCCUGAGCUCAGCCCCGGGCAGCCCGCUGUUCCGCUCUCUGUCCCCCUGCCACCCUCCCCUACAGGGCAGCCCGGCCAGAGCCACAGACAUCUCCCUGAGCAAUGUGCACAUCCCUCUGGAGGCCAUCAGACCGAGUAAAGUGCUGCCCGUGACGGCCUACGAUAAGGACGGCGUUCGCAUGCUCCUCAACUUUGCGUCUGACUGCCCCCCCGGCAGGCCUGAUGUGUUGGUAAUGGUGGUGUCCAUGCUCAAUACGGCACCGCUGCCUGUUAACAAUGUGGUGCUGCAAGCCGCUGUCCCCAAGUCGAUGAAGGUGAAGCUGCAGCCCCCAUCUGGAACAGAACUGGCGCCGUUUAACCCCAUCCUACCUCCAGCCUCCAUCACCCAAAUCAUGCUGCUGGCCAAUCCAGCAAAGGAGAAGGUGCGUCUGCGCUACAAGCUGGCUUUCACACUCGGAGACCGCCUGUGCAACGAGGUUGGAGAGGUGGACCAGUUUCCUCCACAAGAGACAUGGGGUCAUCUAUAGCAGCGUGCACGGCUGCUCGCGCUCAAGCAGGGACAGAACGGUUCAUCCCAGAGAGAAAGGAAGGGAAAUUCAGCCGCACUCUACCUUUCAGCUUCACAUUCCUUAUAGCCGUUCUUUGUUUUUGUUUUUUUCUGGGUAUUGUUAGAACUGGCAGCGAGAAGCUAACAGCAGACACUUAUUUACACAGUGCUUGUUUCUGCAGACCGCUAACAAACUAAAGAUAUACACUGGCAAGUAAGACAGCUGCUGCGUUUAAAGGUCGAUGGUAUAUUGAGAUUGAGAUUUUAGUGACUACUAGAGUUUUUGAAUGUACUAUAAAUAAUCAGUGCAUUAGUCUCAGACUGACAGGAUGCAUUAUGACAUAAGGUCUUAUGAUAAAUAACCUCAAAGAUAACGGAGCCUGAGAGACAACAGUCGUGUUUUUAAUUAUUCCUCUGGCUGAGCACUCGCUCUGCCCGCAGACAGUAUACUUGAAUAUGUUCAGAAACAGGAUCUAGUCGACGUGAAGUAAGAUGUCACGUUGUCAUUGCUGCAGGAGGAUAGGUUGACUUUAUUUAUUUCAUGAUUAUUUCACACAUCAAACUUUUGACAUGAUUAAGUGACCUGUGAUCAGUACUACUUAAUUUAGCCUUGUUUUAGAGUAGUGGACCAACAAUGUUUGAUUUUGUGUUGUAAAGGCAAACAAUUGCACUUUAGAUGGUUUUUUUUAAUUAUUGUUAUUAUAAAUAUGUGGUUUUAUUUGAUGUGAUUUAUUUUAUAUUUUGAAAAAAAGGUGAUUAGCUCAGAUUGUCAUGAUUUUAGCAGUGGCUCAUUUCUGUUCUGUAUUUUAAACAUUAACUCUUCUACCAGUGUCAAUAUUGGGAGUAUUUUUUUUCUCAUUUCUUAUUUUCUGUUUUCGUGUUUCAGUGCAUCACUGAACUUUAGAAAAUGUGAACUGAAAAAAAAUCUAAAUUUGGAAAUAACUCGUGCAGUGUGCGCAGCAGUGGGAGAGAGUGGAACUGUGCCGUGAGUAAAUUCAUCAUAAAGCAGUUCACACGAUCCUCCCUUAGUUCUCAACUCGACGUCAUGUGGGAUGUACAGAAGUGUGUUAAAUGUACAUAGUAUGUAAUGUACUCAUUGUUUGUUGUAUGGCGAGUUAUGUGAACAUGUGACAUGUAGAUUCUGAGAGAGUGUUAGGUCUGUACAUACUGUAUGAUGUGCCAUGUGUUCGCUGCAUGACAAUAAACAUUUCUGUUAAUGGA